AUGGUUGGAUUCUGGAACAAACGUAGGAAUACAUCAUUGAAUAAGAAUCCAUUGGGUUCAUCAGCUCCACAACUAUCAAAGAAUGCAUCACAAGCCGACUUUAAUGAUUAUAUUGCAAACUCCACCGAGGAUUAUGUGGACCCGGCCUCAAUCGCAAUUUUAAAGUCAUCAAAGGGCAUCCCAUUGCCCAACAGCAUGCUGGGCCGCAGUGGCAGCCGCGAGUUUAGCAGCCAAGGCUCACACAAUGGCAGCAGCAAGGACGGCGCCUCCUUCUCCUACCAAGACCUGCGUUCAAACUCGUACAACUCAAACAACAAUAGCUGGCGCUCAAAGUCAUCGUCCGAGGACAGCCACAGCGGCUCGCGACGCCGCGACUCCGUCGCCUACACUGACAAGGAGGUCUUCCCCAACGGCGUCAAGCGUGAGCUUAAAGGCAUCAUGUUGAUGGGCGAGGGCAACGAUGACGUGCUGAUCCGUGCCAGGACCUACAUCAAUCACAAUGGAGAGCUUCACUUCACGCUCGAGGAUCUCGAGCAGUACAUGCUGCCCGCCGGCUUUGACGACUCACAGCAGGUUCAACUCAAGAUGCCCAUGAUAUACUCAAUGUCGCGCUCUGGCUUCGAGGUGGAGGACUCGCCAGAGGACCUUCAUUGGGAGACUGACGAUGCUAAUGAGGAGGAGGGUGGCAAGAAGUCAGGCCUCUCGUCGUGGGCACCAAAGUCUCCAGACUUAGCCUCACAGCAACAAUUCGAGGAGACCUUCCAGCAAAUGCAGCAACAGCAACAACAACAACAACAAAAGGCCAAGCGUUUGACCCUGGUCGAGCCAGUGGCACCUUUGAAUGGAAGUGCCGAGGCACUUGCAAGUGCCGAUGACAGCGACGACGAGGAUCACCUCGAAACAACAUAUGUCCUCCAGAUGGGCAAUGACGAGUACAAAGACGAUGAUACCGACGCCAUCGAUCUCAAGACAGAGGACAUCUCCAAGAUAGACACCAUCCAUCUGAGGACUGAGAACCUCGACUACAACGACGAGGACAACAGCAGUCAGAUCACCGACGACGACUCAUUCUCAGACUACAUGAACGACUAUCAGUUCUUCUCAGCCAAUGCCAGUGCCAAUGCCAACGUCAACAUGCAGAGACGCAAGUCAAGCAGUCUGUCACAACCAACCAGCGCCAGCUCCAGCAGAAAGAACUCCAACUCACGACAACAGACCAACAGCGCCGGUGUUAGUGCCAGCUCAAGUAGGAAGAACUCUGGCACCAAACCAGCGGACCAGGUUGUUCCACAGCCUCAACCACCCGUACAGAAGAAGCUACCGGCCGUAGUCGAUGAGGAUGAUGACGAUGAUGAAGACACCAGCUCAUUGGAUGACGACGAUUCAUCAAUGUCCGACGAUGACUACAAGUACAUGUCGGUACGUGCCGGUGCCAAGGUUCAGGAGGAUGUCGUACAGGACGACCAAGUGGAGCUAGAACAAGAGGCCAUCCAACAAGAGAAGGAUAGGCUGGAGCGAGAGAGAGCGGAGCGAGAGAAGACAGAGAAAGCAGAGAAGGCACAAAAGGCCGAGAAGGAGAGAUUGGAAAAGUUGGAGAUUGCUGAAAAGGCCAGAGUGGAGAAGUUAAGACUUGAGCAAGAGAGAAUAGAGCGUGACAGAGCCGAGAGACAACUGCGAGAGAAGGCUGAGAAGGAUAGAUUGGAGAAGGAGCGAAUCGAGAAGGCCAGGCUGGAGAAGGAAAGGAUCGAGAGAGACAGACAGCUCAAGGAGAAGGAGAGACAGGAGAAGAUCAGGAUAGAGAGGGAGAAGCUGGAGAUCGAGACAAGGGAGCGUCUGGAAAGGGAGAGACUGGAACAAGAGAGACGUCUACAGGAGCAGCUCGCAGCUGCAGCAGCCGCCUCUGCCGCCAAGUCCAAGAUUGACAGCGAUGACAAGGCACUUCUUCAAUCCAUCGCCGACCUCAUUGACAUUUCAUCCAUUCCAACUGUUGCCACUACUGUCAGCAACCACAGCGUCUCCAACAACAACGUCCCAGCCAAAGUCAACUACCGAUCAAGUGUCCAGCUGACGUCGGCCCAACUAAACACCGUCGCCAACGGCGGUGGCGUCGCACCAAACAAUGUUGGCGGCAAUGCCAACAACAUUGAUGACAUCUUUGACAACAUCAUGAGCGUGACCAAGGAGCGCCGCUUCACCAUCUCCUCCUCACCGCUAGAGAUGCAACGUGCACUGGAGCUGGAGCGCAAGAAGGAUGAGCAGACCAAGUACUCGCGCUUUGAAGAAGAGCGAAGGAGGAAACAGAUGGAGGAGGAGCGCAAGAAGAAGCUGGCCGAGGAGGAGACCAAGCGCCGUCUGGAGAAGGUGGAAUUGGACCGCCAGCGUCGCCAGCACGAGGAGCGCAUGAAAAAGCUCCAGCUAGAGGAGGAGCGAAUCAAGCUGCAGGCCGCCGUCGCCAUCCGUGAUCAGGAGAGGAAGGAGCAAGAGGAGGAGGCCAGAAGACAGAGGCAGCUGCAGAAGGAGAUUGAGCACCUUGACAACACGACCAAGAACGUGCUGUUGGCGCAGAGCCUUGUGGACAACCCCUACGGAUCAAUCAGACUGUCCGACGAUUUUGAGACCAACCAGAGGAUCUUUGACAAGAUUCGCGAGCUCCAGGUCGAGGACCAGGCAAGCGACAACGACCUCAGCGACGACGAUGUGGACUACAACUACUCAAUCAGGAAAGGACAGAAGGUUGCCCAGGCAUUGGCCAAGGCGGCUGCUGGUGGUCAAGACGACAUCGACAGUGAUGACUCUGAUGGCGAGUCGUCCGAGGAGAUGGAGUAUCAUCAUCAACCAAGGAAGUCCAAGUUUAUCAAGUAG